GGUCCCCGGAGGCUGACGAAGCAGACGCCUCCCCUGCCCGCGACCAAGCGGAGCCCCGGCGAGCGCCGAGCCGUCCGGCGCGUCCGUCCUCGCGGCCCGCGCCUCCGCCCGGGGCGGGGAGGGCGCCCGUCCAGGAUGCAGACGAUCAAGUGCGUGGUGGUGGGCGACGGGGCGGUGGGCAAGACGUGCCUGCUGAUCAGCUACACGACCAACGCGUUCCCCGAGGAGUACAUCCCCACGGUGUUCGACAACUACAGCGCGCAGCUGUCGGUGGACGGGCGGCCGGUCAGCCUCAACCUGUGGGACACGGCCGGCCAGGAGGAGUACGACCGCCUGCGCACCCUGUCUUACCCGCAGACCAACGUCUUCGUCAUCUGCUUCUCCGUGGGCAGCCCCUCCUCCUACGCCAACGUGCGGCACAAGUGGCACCCGGAGGUGGCCCACCACUGCCCGGACGUGCCCGUCCUGCUGGUGGGCACCAAGAGCGACCUGCGCCGGGACUCGGAGACGGUCAGGCGGCUCAAGGAGCAGAGCCUGGCGCCCACCACGCCCCAGCAAGGGGCCGCCCUGGCCAAGCAGGUGGGCGCCGUCCGCUACCUGGAGUGCUCCGCCCUGACCCAGGACGGCGUCAGGGAGGUGUUCGCCGCCGCCGUCCGGGCCGUGCUCGACCCGCCGGCCAAGAGGAGCGCCAAGAAGUGCGUCCUCUUGUAGCCGCCGAAGCCUCCGCGGGGCGGCCCUGGCGCUCGGCGGCCACGGCCGGACCCGACCACCCUCCCCCCCGGCGCCCGUGGGGGUUCGA